CCAUUCGAUAAGGAGUAAAGGUAGCUUUUUGGAGAAGAAGAAUUAACAAAAGGGUUUAGCCCUCGAAUCGUCAACCCCUCCACCGGAAUCGAGAUCGAGUCGCGAUAGGGGGUGGCAAUCAAAGCUUUCUUCCUCUUUGCCGUAAUUCGAGCGCUAAUUUGAUCGACAGUUGUGAGAGAAAGCGCGGAAUAGGUUCGUGAUCGCUUGAUCUAUCACGAUGAGUUUCAUCUUCGGGAAGCGGAAAACCCCCGCAGAGCUGCUGAGGGAGAACAAGAGAAUGCUGGAUAAAUCAAUUAGGGAAAUCGAAAGGGAGAGGCAAGGGCUGCAAACACAGGAGAAGAAGCUUAUUGCGGAGAUCAAGAAAACUGCUAAGCAGGGACAGAUGGCAGCAGUGAAGGUCAUGGCUAAGGAUCUCAUUCGAACAAGACACCAGAUUACAAAAUUUUAUGCACUCAAGUCGCAACUCCAAGGUGUAUCUCUGAGAAUUCAGACACUGAAAUCAACACAAGCAAUGGGAGAAGCUAUGAAAGGUGUUACAAAGGCUAUGGGACAGAUGAACAGGCAGAUGAACCUCCCUGCAUUACAGAAGAUAAUGCAAGAGUUUGAGCGGCAAAAUGAGAAAAUGGAAAUGGUCAGCGAGGUUAUGGGAGAUGCCAUAGAUGAUGCUUUGGAAGGAGACGAGGAAGAGGAAGAAACUGAAGAACUUGUGAACCAAGUCCUUGAUGAAAUUGGAAUCGACAUUAAUUCAGAGCUUGUAAAGGCACCGUCAACUGCAGUGGCUAAAGCCGAGGCAUCCAAGAAGGUUGCCCAAGCUGAAGCAGCUGGAAGUGAAGAUGGUGGAAUUGAUAACGACUUACAAGCAAGAUUAGACAACUUGAGAAAAAUGUAAGUCCAUAUGACGAGACUGUGUAUAGAGUUGUAUUGAUACUGUGAAAUUGCUCCACUAUAAUCGCCUUGCUGUCUGGUUGACUUAUGGGACACCUUAUAAAGUUUAUUGCGGUUCGGAAGUC